AUGAUCAAGUUCAUAGACAUCUUUUUCCACGGAGUUUCUUGGACGACGAGGUCUAUUCAGCUCUUUCGAGAGAGGGAGGACGAUGAGGACGAUGAUGAACCUGGUGUUGACUGGGCGCCAUACUACGCCUUUUCCUUGGAGCAGAUGACAGAGAGAGACUCUGUGGAACGACUGCCACCGGGGCAAUUCCUUCACCGAUACCCUCGUGUUCUGGCACUUGGCGCUAUACUUUACGAGCUCGGUCAGAAGAAGCGUUGGGAAAGCCAAGCGACUUCUUUAGGCCUGGCCUCAUCCACCAACCAUAUCGAUCCUCCGACCCUGGAAAGGAUAAUAAAUGACACCUCAUCAAAAAUUCGUAAAGGAGAAUAUCGCGUUAUUGUUGCAAAUUGUGCCAGCGAGAACUUCUUCCGGCCGGACCUGAAGGAGAAAACGCCGGAUUCUCCGGAGCAGGGUCUUCAGAAAACGGUGGAAGAACUAGAGCAAGAGCUAACAAUUGCAGAGAGGCGCGCAAUUCUCUUUAAGAAGGUUGUUGCGCCCCUCAAGGCGAUGGUUCAGACUACUGGCUGGGUUGACGAGUCAGGUAAUAUCCAACGUGUCUCCAUGAAAGGCGCGACUACAGGACUGAAAGACGAAGGACCUGAUUCAAGGAAGCCAAGACCUGAGACACUUCUUGAUACUUCUCAGACCUCUAAAGAAUUACAAACUCCACCACACGGCAUUCAACAUAGUCGAAGAGCAUCGCGGUUCGUCACCAACUUGGGAAGCUCUGCCCUCCACGCCUUGAAUGUGUCCAACUAA